GUCUACAUUGAAGGAAUGCCACUUUAUUCACUCUUGGUUGAUGGUAAAGAGCGCCUUUGCUUAUCGCAGAUAUCAGCAACUCUACUAAAAGAUUUCACCUACAACGAUAUCCAUAAUCGUCGGGUAGCCUUAGGGAUCACCUGUGUGCAAUGCUCACCAGCUCAAUUGGAACUUCUACGAAAGAUCGGUGCUAUACCACCAACAUCACGCCGAUGUGGUAUGAUUACUAUACGUGAAGCUGAAAGAUUGUGCAAAUCGUUCCUAUCUUUCAUACCACCUCCAGCACUACCAGAGGAAUAUGCUUUCGAUGUUUAUCACAACUAUUCCUGGGGUUGUGUGGGAAAAUUUUAUCCACGCUUAUACACUAAUUCACGCGCUAAGUGUAUUAAAUGUGAUUACUGCCACAAGUAUCACUCUCCUAAUAAGUUUAUUUUCCACGUUCAUCGAACUGAAGGUUCAACUUAUACACAUCCACGAUCUGGUAAUUACAAUUGUUGGCGUCGUCAUUUAUUUUUAAACGUGACUACUGCUAAUGAUAAAUUAUUGGAACAAUGGGAAGAUUUAAAAGCGUUAUACAACGGCAACGGAAAAAAAAGA